UGCAGAGGAGUGUUGGCAGAGUUUCCACCCCUGAGCGCGCCGUAUAUAUUGAGCUCGACAUGCCAUCACAAACACACUGGCACAGACACGUACUGUUUCAUCAUAACCCAUCCGGUUCACUAUGGCCACAGACCACCAGAACCCUGCAUCCAAGCAGCAGCAGCCAGGCACUAGUGCUUUCAAGUUGAUCAUCUAUGAACAGGAGAACUUCCAGGGGCCUUGCCAUGAGCUGACUGGUCCCUGUAACAACCUCCAGGAAGCAGGCGUGGAGAAAGUGGGCUCCAUACUGGUGCUGUGUGGACCAUGGGUGGGAUACGAGCAGGCUAACUGUAAGGGGGAGCAGUAUGUGUUUGAGAAGGGGGAGUAUCCUCGCUGGGAUUCCUGGACCAACAGCAGACGGAGCGACAAUAUCUUUGCUUUCCGCCCCAUUAAAGUGGACAGCCAGGAGCACAAGAUUGUCCUUUAUGAAAACCCCAGUUUCGCCGGGAAGAAGAUCGAGAUCAUAGAUGAUGAUGUCCCCAGCUUCCACGCACACGGAUACCAAGAGAAGGUCUCCUCUGUCAGAGUUCAGAGUGGCACUUGGGUGGGGUACCAGUACCCUGGCUACAGAGGCUAUCAGUACCUGUUUGAAAAGGGUGAAUACAAGGACAGUGCUGAGUUUGGUGCCCAGUUCCCUCAGAUCCAAUCUGUCAGGCGCAUCCGAGACAUGCAGUGGCACCAGAGGGGAACUUUUCACCCUGCCGCCGGCGCCAACUAAGCUUAAAUGACUCUUUCCUGCACCAAGCCCUGACCCCUGCAACCCUGCUCCUUCACACACUUCUCCCAACUCACCUACUCAAAAUUGCAUUUGAUGCCUAUUGCCAUUGUUUCCAUAGCACCAUCCUUUAAAGCAAACUAAUAAAUAUUUGUUGCUUACAUUUCAA